GCGCGCUGAAGCCACUCAAGAGUGAAACGUGCAGCUGUUCACUCUCAGUGCAGCUCUCUCUCUCUUUCUCUCUCUCUCUAUCUAUCUCAGAGACACUCACUCACUCUCUCUCUCACACACACACACACACACACACACACUCACACAAACUGGUCCAGGAGGAGGGGUGACCCUGUAGGGAUGCUCGAUCUACAGUCCAGAGACUGACCGCACUGUCUUCACUGAGCUCCCUGCUGAGAAGUGGCUGAGAGACGCACGCGCGCGCGCUGGAGUGCAGUCAUGCUCGCUGCCGAGUUCCUGCUGCUGGUCGGAGUGGUGGCCGUGUUCUCGGCUCAGAACGAGGUCUGCAAGUCGCGUCAGUAUACAACCAGCGGGGAGUGCUGUAAGCAAUGCCUACCUGGGGAGGGCAUGGUCAAGCCCUGUGGAAAAGCGCAGACGGAGUGUGAGCCAUGCCUCGAUAGUGAAACGUUCUCAGAGAACUUCAGCCACACAGAGCAAUGCCAGAAAUGCACCCAGUGCACAGGUCUGCUGCGUAUGGAGACGCCUUGCACAGACGCCAACGAUGCCAUCUGCGUGUGUGACUAUGGCUACUUCUACUCGCUAUUGAGUAACCGCUGCGAGGCAUGCACCACAUGCCCCAUCGGCCAGGGAGUGCUGCUGCGCUGUGAGCCUGACCGCGACACAGUGUGCGAGCAGUGCCAGGACGACACCUUCUCGGACCAGGACAGUGGUCUGGACCCCUGCCUGCCCUGCACCGUGUGCGAGGACCAGCCUGAACUGGAGCACUGCAGCCCUGUGCGAGACACCAUUUGCCAGGAUUGGACAGAUGUGACUCCUCACACAUCAAACACAUCAAACUCUCCCAUCAUACCGGAAGAGCUGGCCCCUGUAACCCCGGAUGUCUUCCCUACGGAUGAGCCAACAGACGGAGCUACAGAGAGCAUGCCAACGGUCGACCCUCAACAGAAGAAACUUGGGCUUGGCUGGGGAGACAACCUCAUCCCCUUUUAUAUAUCCAUCCUUCCAGCAGUUCUGCUUGGGAUUGUGGUUUUUAUCAUCUUGAAACGGUGUAACAACUGCAAGCACGCAAACAAACAGGAGGGCAGUAACCGGUCAGGCACAGCCAACCCCAGCCAGACGCCGUCGCCUGAGGGAGAGAAGCUACACAGCGACAGCGGCAUCUCUGUGGACAGCCAGAGCUUACAGGAUGGACAGGGACUACAACACACAGUGGUAAAGAUGGACUCACCCCUGACGUUGCCCCUGCACGCAUGUGAGGAGGUGGAGAAACUGCUCAGCCACGGCUGUGAUGGCGACGACAGCACGGGAGCCAUGCAGGAAACUGACUGGUGCAACCUGGCCGGGCUGCUGGGGUACGAAGAGGAGCGCAUCGCAUCCUUCAGGCAGGAGGAGAGGCCCAUUCAGGCCCUGCUGUCCGACUGGGCCAGUCAGGAUUCGGCCAGCGUGGACACGCUGUGCACGGCACUGAGGAAGAUCAACCGGGAAGAUAUCGCCCAAAGCAUCAUGCUCAGGCCCACCGCCACAUCUGCCGUAUGAGGGAAAAAGCACACACACACAAACACACAUAACACACUUAUACUCAUAAGCCAUAGCUCCAAAUCACAUCUGUGCCGCAUACCUUGAUGUAUACUAUGGUAUACAGCCCAUAAUGCUAAUUUGCUAAAGCGUUAACGCCACGUGCCACAAGCCUCUUAAACCUGAACCCAGGCUGGACUUUUUGUAUUUACUCCAGUAUUAGCCACUUCUGUUUGCAUGUUUCUACCCAAUAAGCCAACAGUGUGUCAUUAGUAUCAUUUAUACCUGCUCACCCCAUCAGUUUCUGGGUCUGGAUGCUGGUGCUCCAGCACAGAUUGGUGCCUUUCUUGCAGAAAAACAUUGUUAAAGCGGAAUCAAUAAGAAUGGGCAUUAAAUUAUAUAUUUAAAAGACUGCAUCAAUUAAAUCACACGUUUUACUGUUUAGCUUAUAUCCAGCCACAGCAUUACACAGUACAUUUAUUUUUUAUGGUAAAUUUUAACUUCAAAUAGUUAAUUUAACACAGAAAAUUCACUGUGCAGAUGUUUCUAAACGUCAAAAAAAAGUAUUCUUAAUUUUUCCUUGAGAAUGCUGUGCUUUUUUUACCUCACUAUGAAACAAAAGAAAAGCACAAUUUUUAUAGUGAGCGUACAUUAGCUCAUGGCUUGAAAGCUAGCUAAAGGUUAAUGUGGCAGCUUGUAGCUGGUGUUUUAUUUCUACUAAAGAGUUUCAAUUAGGGGUAGGCGAUAUCGAUAUGGCCCUAAAAUAAUAUCACAAUAUUUUACGGGGUUUUUGUUUAACAAUUUUCUUGAUAUGACAAAAUAUUGAUUUAAAACUAUUUAUAUACUACUGCUUUUAUUUGGUAUAAAUAUAAGAAAUUCAAACAUAAAAAACAGUAACUUACCUAGCCCCUAAAUUGGUAUAAAACAAUAAUAGUGUAAAAGAAAUACUAAAAAAAUAACUAAAUUAAAGUAACAACAAAAAUCUUUCACAAAACUAAAGAGCAGCAUAUAUAGUUAUUUAAAUUAAAUACAGUAAAUAGCAAAGCAAAAUAGAGAAUAUCACAAUUUGGAUUGUGAAAAUGUAAAAAUUUGAAUGUAAUAAGGCAUCCCUGGUUUCAAAUAAAAAAUGAAAAUGGACUAUCAAGCUGUGCUGGACUCCUGCUAAACCUUCCAGAACCAGAACUGACCCUUCAUUUACUGCCUCCUGUCUGUUGCCAACACAAGCCUGUGUUAUUCAGUAACCCAUUGCCAUACAGCUAUAAGCAACCACAUCAUUGCCUUCUCAUUGCCAUGUGAUAUUUAACUCAUGAUCCUCAGCUUAUCCCAGAUAGCCUACAUGUCCAUUUGUGACCAAGCUUGAUGUUUCCCUGACUGAUCUGUGGUAAAAAAAAAAAAUAUAUAUAUAUAUAUAUACAGUUUUUAACAUGCCUUCGACAACUUUAGCUCAUGAUAUGUUUUAGUGCUCAGUAACAGUUUGUGUAUAUACAUCAGUUGGUUAACUAGUAAAUAGAGCUUUAUUCAUUUUGGGUGCUUGUCAGAACAUCUGCUCACUAACCAUGGAGAUCUGCAGAAGAUCCCAAAAUAAGACACUGAGCUAACCACAAACAUAAAUCAUAAUCAGCUCAGAUUUAAAAUGUAAUUGCCAAAAAUAUGAUAAAUUUUUUGUUUUAAUAUACAUUGUUUUGGUAUACAUAUCUUGUAAUCUCUUUUAUCAUCCAGAAGUCAAAGAGUAUCAUUUCCUUUGCUUGAUAGAAGCAAUGAUGGAAUGAUAGAAUUGAUAGAAAUCUAUCUCAACAAAUCUAUCUCUAUUAAUCUAAAUUCUCAAAAGCAGCCUUACCACUAGUGAUGCAUCGAAAUUAACAUUUUUUGCUGAAACCUUAAUCAAACAAGAAUAAAACAUUUGGCUGAAGGCCAUUUUCAGAAAAUGUAAUUUAUUUUGCAACUUCUUCCACUGUUGCUUAAAUUAAAUAGCCUAAAUAUAUUUUGACUGGCUUUUUGAAGAAUAGGCAAUUUUAGACUAUGGUUUUCUACCUAUAUUGUGCAGUGAUGGCCAGCCACUGCAACAUUACUGCUGCUACUGCUUCAGAUUUUUAUGAAGCUAUGUUUUAUAAAAUUUGUUGCAGAAAGAAAAGAAACAAUGGAUGUGGACACAGCAGCUUGCCCCACUUGGCUGGAGAGGUUUAGCCUCAGCUGUUUUAAAUGGGCUGGAGCUUUUUUUUUCUGAGCUGGAUUACUCGCUGAGUUGAUGACAGAUUGAAGUCCCUAUUUGAGCUUAGUCUUCACAUGGCCCCAUUUUUGCAUCUUGGAAUCCAGUAAAGAGCCCCUGCUGUUCAAUAUCAUAAAAUAAAUAAGUUAUUGUGACCUUAAAUAGCUUUAAUAUAAAUUACUCAGCCUUUUCACUUUUUCCGGCCGGAUAGCAAAAGUGCUAUUACAGUGCAUCUUCAACAUCCAACCAUGCACAAGUGCCCACAUGCAUCCUCAGAUAAGCUAACUUAAAUGACCAAACUAGCAAACAAGAGCUUUUAACAGCUUUAAACUUAGAACUGAGCUCUGCUGCCUUUACUUUUUUGCUUUAGCUUGUGGUUUAACCUGUAGAAUGCUCACUACCAGUGCAACUAGCAGUGUGAAGUAAAGUAUUGUGUGUAUAACUAGAUAAAUAUAGUGGUUUGCCACUUCAAGCUCAGUGUAUGAAGUAUUUUAGGGUAAACAUAUUUUUUUCACCAUGAAAGAUAGUUGUGUCAAAUCAUCAUAUAAGCUAUGUUCACUAAAUCAUUCAUGAGCUUUCUUAACCUGUGCUUGUACAGUAAUGAAUGGAGACUCACAAUAAAGUUCCCCUGAAGGGAAAUGGUUUACGAAUGGUUGACGAAGGCAUGUUAAAACAGUUCCGGAGUAAAGAACGCGAGGGCGGGGAAGUUGUAUAUUGUGUAAAAUAUGUCAGAGAUGCCUUGUCACUGUAUGCAAAUCAGCAAUGGACGACAUGUCGCCUGGAGGCUAAGAGACUGUUUGGCAACAGAAAGCUAUCUGAGAACAUACAGUUCUUUACUGGAGAAGCUUUGACCUCUAGGGGUGAAUGGAGGUCAGAUUAUGCAAACAUAAUGCAUGGAAGUGAAUUAAAUGCACCUAUCCCUUUGGUCAGCCAAAACAUUGCCAUUUUAAUGCCUUCAUUAUCCUUUCAUCUACAUCUACUACGUCUACAUCACCACCAUAGAAACCCAUUAUUAUCAUCAUUAUCACUGUCAUGUUUUCAUUGAAGGGGUUCUCCAGCCAUGUAGCAUUUAAUGUAGCAUUUAAUACAUUGUGUAUUAUGUGAUGUAUUAUUCUAUGGUUUUAUAGCACAGAACUUCAUCAUCUUUAGGAUUUUGUUUGUCCAUCAGUGUUCUCCCACUACUCACAAAAAUCAUACAAUCAUCACCCACCCUGACCCAUUAAUCAACAUAUUAGCUACUCAAUGCACUAAUCAGAGUAUCAGAGUCAAUGCUUCUCUGAGUUUCUAUUAAUAUUUUGCAUUCUUUUUAGUAUGUCUAUCUGGUGGAUUUGUGUAUCCGAUUAUGUUUGUGUCAAACUGACCAAUGGACUAAAAUCACUAAAAUACAGCCUUCCAAUAAAACUGGCUUCUUUGUCUUCUGGCAAGACAAAGAAUCAGGCAUUAGGAUAUGAUGAUGCAAAUCUCAACCCUUAUUUACAGCUUUAUAACUCAACUAGAUGUGAGUAUUGUAGAGACUAUUCAUAGGAUACAAUCGAUACAAUCAUAUUACUCUACAGAUUUUAAUAUAAAAACUCAAUUUCUGCACUGUAUUAUAACCAAGAUAUUGAUAGAAAUAUUCAUACACAUCAAAUUUGACACACCAGCUCAUUCAUUAACCCCAGAGUAUUAAUAUCUUCUUCAUGAAGUCCCUCUCAUCUUCAAAGAAUGAGGAUUUAAACUUAAAACUGUAAAAUAUUACUGUGGAUGUUAUUUCAGCACUGCUAGUAAGUGACUGCAGCAAUUAGGGACGUCUAUCGGCAAGAACCUGGAACAUGGAAAUUAUUUAUUGUGAUUGUUUAAAUCUAAUCUUAGAAAAACUUUCAUAAUAUCAAAAAACACACUAUACUAUUAAAUAUAUAAAAUCUGAGUACAAGAAAUGUUUACAUGUUAUGCAAGCAUAACAGUAGGAUCUAACAAGAGAGUGCAACACUGCUAUCUAGUGGGCAGGAUUUAAACACAACACAAAUUGAACCACUGUGUGCCACCAUGUAAAUGAAUCAUUAAAAAUCUUUUUCAGGUUUUGAAAAUCAACACAGUCUUGCAAAACAAAAUUGAGCAAUACUUUGAUAUAUACAGCUCUGGAAAAAAAAUAAAAGACCACUUUAGUUUCUGAAUCAGUUUUUCAGAUUUUGCUAUUUAUGUUUAAGUAAAAUGAACAUUGUUGUUUUAUUCUACAAACAACAGACAAUAUUUCUCCCAGAUUCCAAUAAAAAAUAUUGUCAUUUAAAGCAUUUUUUGCAGAAAAUGAGAAAUUUCUGAAAUAAUAAUUGAAAAGACCUCAAAUAAUGCGAAGUUCGCAAAGUUUGUAAAAAUCAAUACUUAGUGGAAUAAUCCUGUUUUUAAGCACAGCUUUCAUGCAUCUUGGCAUGUUCUCCUCCACCAGUCUUACACACUGCUUUUGGAUAACUUAAUGCUACUUCUGGUGCAAAGAUUCAAGCAGUUCAGCUUGGUUUGAUGACUUGUGAUCAUCCAUCCUUCUCUUGAUUAUAUUCCAGAGGUUUUUAAUUUGGCAAAAUCAUAGAAGCUCAUAAUUUUUAAGUGGUCUCUUAUUGUUUCUAGAGCUGUAUAUAUCAGCAAUGGUUACAUUUUCUGCUUUGGCCUGAGAGGCUUUAACAUUAUAUUUUGGUGGUGGUUUAUCCUUCCCGAUCCUAUGAGAGGUGGAACCUUCUCAGAAAGCAUGUUACAAGGCUUUCCCGUCCCGGUGGUCCAGCCGAAAACUGAGAAGCAUCUCUUUUCCUUCUUGUUUUUUAACAAGAAGGUAAAAGGAUACUGGUCACUACCUGCUCAGGGUCAUCACCAUGACAAAAGAGCUUGGUCAUGGAGUCCGUGACCUAGAUAGAGUGCAACACCACACACACACACCAUAGAAACAAGCACAACUACAAACUGAUUAAAGUGAACUGGUGUCCCAUAUAAGCAAUUCAGGUUAAUCUAAAGUGACUUAAAUGAAGGCUGUAAUGAGCGUAAGAAACAAGACACCGUCGAAUUCAGCCAAAAAGCAAAAUAUGGAAUACAUCUCUCCAUUUUUCUCUGUCAGUCUGGAAUAAAAGGUGGGGGUAGGGUGGGCUGGUGGGCCGUGAAGGCCUGUGAAAGGGUGGCAUUAACCACUCUUGACUGGUUAAUGGCGGUACAGCGUAGAUGACGAAGGUACAAAGCGCGGCUGGACGAAAAAGAAAACGAAUUAUCCAGGGGUCUGUAUUUUCUCAGGGGUCAUAUAUGUCACACAGCAUUUCCAAAUGUCACGUGUCUUGUCUCUCCAAAGAUUACACACGAGGCUGCAUAAUACUGAAAAAAAUAAACGGAAAAUCUGACACUUUGUUGUUAAAGACUGAAGUGAAAUAAAUGAUGCUCCUGUUAUAUGACUAUUACACAUGCGCACAAUGCAAUGUUGAUGCUGAAACAAUAUACAGUAUAUCUUCAUGCUCCAUACAACUGAGGCUUUAUUAAGAGUUACGGAUUGAGGAACCACUAGUUGAGCAAAAAACAAAAAUUCUUUACCUAAGUUUAUAUAUUAAGAUGAUAUUUCACAGUGGUUUGGUGUGAAAUGGUUUAAGCAAUGCAAACAUGACCAAUUUACUCACAAAACCACCAGUGAUAAAUCAGGAAAAAGACAAGGUUUUUUUGAGGACUAUUUUUACCAUUCUAUAAACUUCACCAUUCAUCUGUUUAUUGUUAAAGAACAACAUUGUAAGCUAAAUAUGUAUCAUAAAAAUAGUAAUAGUAAAACAAUAUUUAAGUCACCAUAAAUGUGAUUUUCCAUUCACUUUGUACACUCUAUAACAGAGCAUUUCACACCAACCUGAUGAAUAAUUUCUGAAUGAUGAAACUGAUGAAUUUCCAAGUAGUUAACUUUCUUUUUUACUAGUGCAUAGCUAACAUUGGGGUCACCAUUAGACAAACACACAAUGGUUAGCUACAUAUUAACAUCCUUAUCCUCACUCAUGUUUUAAGUCUUGGUUUCUAACAUAUAUCUUUUAAAUAUUCAACUGCCAGUGCUAUUGGGUUCACUGCCGUUUGUUUAAUGAGUAUUCUAGCUUAAAACUAGCUAUGUAGAUUUUUUUGCAUGUUUUGCAAGAUUUUAGUAGAGUAGCUUUUAGUCUCAUUAACUUUAUGAUUUUGUAUCAUUUUUAGCUUUUUGUUUAUCACAGAUUUCUUAGUACAAUUGCCCAGCACCAAUGUAAAGGAUAAGAAAUAGAAGCAACAUUAACUUCUAACAGAACUAUAUAAUGUUCUUUAUAGUGUUUUAUCUUUUGUUUAAACCAGAUAUCUCACUUCUCCCAUGGCUUCUGUGAUUCUCACACAUGUUGAUAAUGGCUUGGUACUAUAUACUUGAAAUUAGCCGUUUCAGGGGAAAAAUGUCUACUUUACAUUUAAAAAACUGUUAGAAACCACAACAGCACCACUAUAUGGGGUGAGUAGGUAUUCAUUUUACACAAUUACUUUUGGCUGGAGUUCCCCUUUAAAGAUACUGUAGAUGUGUAGCAUAUGGUACAAUAUAAAUUCAAUCAUGUGAUGUAGCAUUCUGCCAUCUUAGGAAAAAGCCAGGUUUUACAGAGGAUCUUUGACAGUAAUACUGGGAUAUGCAAACACUGUCUAGUUUGUAAUGAAGGUGUUCCUCCCUUUUUACAGAGGGGGGUGUUGUAAUUUUUCUUAUUAAGAAGUUAUAUGUUUAAUAUUAUUUUUUAUUAUCUUUUUUUACCAGAUUAGAUUGUAGCACUUAAAUGUGUAAAUAUGUAUUCAGUAUCACAAGUGCCUGAGAGAAAUAUCAGGUCUAUGUUGUUCUAUUCUUUCUGUUUACCUUGUGUUAAUAAUAAUCUGUUGUUUUUUUAUGUUACUGUUUUGGCAUGUACUCCUAAGUGAGACUGGCCAGUGUUAGGCCACGAUCAUUCCUGUUCUGAACACUGUAAUCAGUCCUCUCCCAACCUUUGGACAAUUUGCCAUCUUUUUCCAAUAUUUGUUUUGUGCUUUUGUUUGUUUUUGUCAAGUUUUUCUCGAAUGUCUUAAUACAUUAAUACUGUUGGAUAUCGCAAGGGCCUAGUGUCCACACAGAGGUCUGCAAAAGGGCACACUGCUUUCUGACAAUCAUUCAAAAAACCUGUAUGCAAAAGGUUACGUAUCCACACAAACGAAAAAGGGUACAAAGGACAGGUGGGUUGAGCUGAAGAAAUGGAAUGAAAUGUUGAAUCUUGCACUCAGGAGAAGUAGCAUGAUUGAAAAGGGAUGGAGAGAUGGACAGGUCAAAAAAAAGGCUGGAGGUGGAAGAGAAGAAGAAAGAUCUCAAGAAAGUACAAUGUACAAACUGAAAAAAUAAAAACAUGUGAAUGUUCCUUGUAUUUACUAAUAUGUACACUGUAUCAUAUUAAUGUGAAUUUGCUAGAAUUCCUAAAUCUGGUUCGAUGCAAUUAUAAACUAUUAAAACCAUGAAAGUGAAUAAACGCAUUCAGAUUAUGACUCAA